UAAAUUAUUUGUGGCCCCCUCCUAUUACGUCACGUGUCACCCUUGUCACUUUAUCUAACCUUAAAAAACUCAAUCCAAAAUGAGUCGUUACGCAAAAUACGCCGAUUUAACGAAACUAUCGACGGAAUAUGCGAGACGUAUGUUGCGACUUAGUAAUAGAAUAUUUGGUGAAGUCGCCCGCCCUACAAAUUCCAAGUCAAUGAAGGUGGUGCGAAUGUUUAGUGAAAAACCCCUCAAUUUGCGACGAGAAGUUACACAUUACUACCCCAGACAUGUAGAAACAGGAUCGUUAAUGAUUAAAUUGAGACACUACGGUUUGUACAGAGACGAACAUGCCGAUUUCAAGGAGGAAAUGGAAAGAAUGAGAGUCCUUCGAGGCAAAGCGAAACCAAAGAGACAACCACGGUCGAAACAGCAGCAAGAAGAAGAGAAGAAAGAAUAAUGUUGUAUUUAGUUAUUGUUUAGUCGUUAAUAAACAUUUUAUUUGAA